AUGGCCAGUUUCUGGUCAGAGUGUGCCUGGGACCAUGGACUUCCGUUGUUACAUACCAUGUGCCCCACGUUGCGUCUUUUGCUAUUGCCAUUAUACCGAAUCGUCGCUGCCGGGCCUAUCGUGUAUCCCACAGGAGGUAUCACUUUUAUUCUCAAAACACCAAUGUAUCGGCCUCAGUACGGAGACUAUUGUACCCAGGCAGGAGGCCCGCUAGUCGACGUCCCCUGCAUGGUUACUGUGUAUGGUACAGCGGGCAGCGAGUGUAUUCAAGCGCCUAGGAAGUACAGACGGUCUGUUAUCUGCCGCAAGCUGAUCCGUAUGGAAGAGAUUAUCAAAGCCUAUUGA